AAUUAUAAUUUAUUAUAAAUUUAUUAUAUCAUAUUGUUCAAUAUACAAUGUAUUUUAAUUAUAAAAAAAAUACAAAGCAUUGAUACUAUAUUUUAUAAAAAUGCAUUUUUCUAUACCAGAUACACAAGAAUUUAUUGAUGCAACUGAUAAUACAUAUGUGGGUUACAACAUUCAUAUAAAUGGGUUAUUUCAUUGUACUGUGAGAUAUAAACAACUACAUAGUCUCCAUGAACAAUUGGCUAGAAAUUUAGAUAUAUCUCUCCCAGCAUUUCCCCCUAAAAAAUUUUUUCCUUUAACAACAAAUCAGCAAGAAGAACGUCGUCUUUCUUUGGAAAAAUAUAUUCAAACAAUUGGACAAAAUCCAGUUGUUAAUAAUUCGGGAAUGUUAAAUGGAUUUUUAUUAAAUGCUCAGCAAGAAACUAUUGGAGGCCCAUCUAAUAAUGAAUUUAUGGACAUUUUUCUUAUGAAUGGUUGUAAAAUAACAAUAAAUGUUUCUACAGGGGAUCAUUCUGGUAGUGUUUUAGAGAAAGUAUACAAGAGCCUUAGGCUACCUGAAGAAUAUUAUUCAUAUUUUGUAUUAUUUAUUGUUGCUCAUGAUGAAGCAAAUAGUGUUCAUUUACUACGAAAAUUGCAAAACUUUGAAUCCCCAUUUAUAACUAUUAAACAUCUACACGUUAUAGGAAGUAAAGUUGUACUUGGAAAAAAUUAUUGGGAUGUGGGCUAUGAUUUGAAAAUAAUGGAUAAUGAGGUGGCAAUGAAUUUAUUAUAUAUUCAAGCAGUUGCGGAAAUUAAUUGGGGAUGGAUUCCCAUUACAGAUGAACUAAGAAACAAGCUAACAGUCUUAAAAAAGCAUGGAAAGAAAAAAGAAUAUCUGGACAUAGUACGUACUUCAAAGUAUUAUGGAUAUAUUCAGUUUGCUCCAUGUUUUUGUGAUUAUCCUCAACCAGAUUCAAAAGUAUUAGUAGCCAUAGGUAGAAAUGAAUUAAAUUUGCGUAUAUUAAAUGAUGGAGAACAAUGCGAAGAAGUAUUUAAAGUCUCACGAAUGCGUUGUUGGCGUAUAACUACUUUGCAAAAUGGAUCUGAAAGGGGAGGAGAAGAAAGUGAUGAGUUUAGUUUAGAAUUAUCGUUUGAAUAUUUAAUAGCUAAAAAUCAAUUACAAUGGGUUACAGUUACUUCAGAACAAGCUAUCUUAAUGUCUGUAUGCUUGCAAGCUAUGAUUGAUGAAUUAUUAUCAAAGACUGUUGAUACUGAUAAUAAGGCUCAGGAGGUGUCUCAAAAAUCCUGGAUUUAUGUUAUGAGAAAUGGUCAGAGUAUUACAGUGGGAUCAAGCUCUAAUGAAGAAUCUGAAGAAAGUAAAAAGACUCGUUGUAUUAAACAACCUUCUAAAUCAGAACCAAUUAUGAAGAAACUUGCUGACAGAUUAUCAGUAGUAAAAAUAAAAAAACCUAGUGAUGUUAGAAGUAACAUAAGUAGCAAGGUUCAAGGAAAACAAACAUUGGAAUAUGAUAUGGAAAAUAAUGCAUUUCGCAUGAUCGAUGAUGACGACUUAUGAAUAUAUAAACUGGAACUGUGAAAUGAAAAAUACAUUAAAAAUAUCUCGAAAAAUAUCAAAUUUUUAAAAUCAUAUUAAUCCAUAUUUUUACUACUUUUAUUUUUAACCCUUAAAUAAUGUAAAAUAUAAAACUUAGAUAUCAAUAGAUUUGUAACAAUUUUUUUGUAUAAUAUAUAAAUAUAUUGUUGAUAAUAAACAAAUUUUUUAAAUUAA